AUGUUACACAAUUCGUUGCCACGGGCAUUUCUUGCCCCAGGGCUGAACUACUUAGGCUACUAUGGCGACGAGAUUCAUCAGCAUCCAUACGGAGCAGCUACCAGCUGGCACAUUCCUAUGGAGAAUCUUUCCAGCUAUCAAAGAGUUCCUGAGCAUCACGCUCUUCAGAGCUGGGACUUGUCCAGAUCGUCCACUCCGUGUCCUCUGGACUUGUCGUUAAAACCACCACCUGCACCGAGCACGCCUAAAAUCGAAGAUCGCCAGGAACUGAAGAAAGAUCAUAGAAUAUUAGACGAGCCACAGAAAGAUACUGAGAACGUUAAGUAUGGAGGAAACAGUGACGAAUCUGAUCCAGUAGUAGUCGACGAUUUUGACACGAUUCCCAGGAGCUCUUCGGUGCACAGUCAUUCGAGCUAUGAACAGUUGCUCUCGCAGAAAGAGUCUCCUCAAAGUCAAGACUCGGCGGAGAAGGUUUGCGCACUUGACGAUGCAACUCGACUGGUACCGUUCACUUCGAAUAACGAGAUUGUCACCAAGUAUUACACGCAUAAUCAGAAGCUUCUGUUAACCAGUCCCAGUCAGAUGCAGUCAGUGCAAGGCUACCACCAGCAAUUGCUCCUGACGCCUCAGCAUCACUUGCAGGGGAUGCAACACGCGCCAAUGACUCCUCCGAGCACACCGUCUCCUCCGCAGUGUCCAAGGAGGAAAGUGAGGGAAGAAGAUGCUAGUCCAGUAUCAGGAAACAGUAGUACAGCUACGAAACCUUCCUCGAGUGAGAAGCUCCUUCAGAGGCCGAAGAAGAAGCACGCUAGAAGAUUGAAGUUCGAUGAAGAUACCAGCAGUCCUGUGUCAGGUACAGUGAUUCUGGGACCUGACGAGGCUGUAGUAACCGGCGACAUCGAUCCUGCCUUUAACAUCGUUGAAGUCACCGAAGAGGCGCGAGCUGAGCUAGCGAAGAUCGAGAACAGAUUGGGCCCCUAUCAGUGCAAGCUUUGCAGACAAUUGCACGAAGAUGCGUUCCAGUUGGCUCAGCACAGGUGCUCCAGGAUAGCUCAUGUUGAAUACAGAUGUCCCGAAUGCGAUAAGAGGUUCUCAUGUCCAGCUAAUUUGGCAUCUCAUCGACGCUGGCAUAAACCUAGGCUGACUAACGGUGAGUAUUCUUCUUCUAAUGGGAGUAUCGAGAUACCGUGCACCAGAUGCGACGCUAAGUUCACCAGGCAAGCUGCUCUAAGGAAGCAUUUGGCUACUCAACAUCCAGAGACGAAUAGUAAUGGUAAUAGCAACGUCGCGUUGGAGACACAGGGAGCUGCUGUUGGUAAGAACGACGGUGUUCAGCUGGUUUCCGAUGGUCCAUUGAACACCGAGAUGCCCUGA